AUAAAUGCAUAUCAAAAAGUUUAAUGUUUUGCUAUUGAUGUAACAUGUUUAAGUCUACGUUUCGAAUUAAACGUUUGUUGAUGAGGUUUUUCUAUUAGAGCUCUCUUGCCACUAAAGUAACCAAUAUGUUUUAUACUUCGGCAAAGAAACGAAAGUAGAUCUAGUUCUUCUUCCUUAGGCUACUUCCCGGCAGCAGUUGCGGUGAAUGGUAUACGAGACAGUGAAUUCAUGCAACGUUUUCUCCAUGCUGUUCUCUCACGCUCAAUACGUUCCACUUGCGUAAUGCCAAAGGAAACAAGUUGGUACUAUGCAGUUAAAAGAGGCAGGAAACCUGGUGUCUAUCACUCUUGGCCAGAAUGCCAUGAACAAGUGAAAGGAUUUUCAAAUCCUGUGUUCAAGAAAUUUUCCUCGUCUGAAGAUGCUUUAGAAUUUGUUCAUAAUUCCAAGGGUUUUACUCCAUGUACUUCUUCUGGACCGCCUGUCACCGUUGGGCAGCUAAGGCCUGCAAUUUCAACAACAAUGACCCGUCAAGAUAGCUCAUCUUCCCAAGAUCAGGACCUCCAAGAGAUCAAAAGAACCUUACAAAUAGUCCAAGGCAAACUUGAGUCUGUUGUUUCUGAACUGGCUCAGCUUUCAUCAACCGUGAACCAAAUCGAGUCUGUCGUAUUUCAUGCUCCUGGCUCAAAACGAGCAUUUCAUACCAGUGCUUCUAGUAAUAUGGGACAACAGCAAAAGCGGCCUAAGUUUGAUACCAGUGAAGAGAAUUUUACAGGUAAACCGUUCCCAGAUGCAGAUGCUACACAUGUGUACACAGAUGGUGGUUGCUUUCACAAUGGUCAAAAUGGAGCCAAAGCUGGGAUUGGUGUUUUCUGGAAGACUGGAGAUCCUGACAAUAUCAGUGAAAGGCUGACUGGAAGACCAACAAACAAUAGAGCAGAAAUUCAUGCAGCAAUCCGAGCUGUUCAGUCUGCUAAGAAAAAAGGCAUUGAGAACUUGAUCCUUCAUACAGACAGUCAAUUUCUCAUAAACGGUAUCACAAAAUGGAUUAAAGGCUGGAAGAAAAAUGGAUGGGCCCUGACUACUGGGAAGCCAGUUAUUAACAGAGAAGACUUUGAAGAACUUGAUGAAGAAUUGAAAGGAAUAAAUGUGAAGUGGAUGUAUGUCAAAGGUCACAGUGGACACCCGGGCAAUGAAGCAGUUGAUGCACUUGCAAAAAAGGGUGUCAGAAAGCCGUUACCAGACGCUGACAGUCAGCAAGAUACCAUUAUGUGAUCCUCCUGUUCUUUCAUUGAUAUGUUGUUUUAUUUUAUUAUGUCAAUAAAAUGUUGUGUUGAAGUUCUAUUGAAAAA